GACGGAGGGCCUGCCUCUGCUACCUAUAAAACUAACCGCGCUCCGUCUCCGGCCGUGCAUUGAGCGACUUGACGUCUGCGCGACAAGGAUCAUCGCCGAUUAGUGACGAGACCAACGGUAUAGGCAGCGAGAGGAUUCUAGAGUUCAGAUCGGCGCGGAUCACCAUGCUUACCUUCCAACUUAUUCACGCAAUCGUCCUCCUGGCCGCGAUCUUCCUGAUCGACAAGUGCCACGCUUAUCCCGCGAUCGCACAACGGCACGAGGCAAGACCGAUGUGUGAGAGCUGCGGCGACCAGUGCGAUCAGUGCGAGUUCGGUGUCACAACGUCAACCCUCUGCGGUGUCUCGGAAUGCCGAAAAGGCCCCGGGCAGAUUUGCGGCGGGCCAAGCGAGUCCUGGGGCGUGUGCGGCGACGGACUGAUCUGCAGUUGCAACCGAUGCACCGGCUGCAGCGUCGACAACCUCACGUGCUUCGCGAACACCUGUCUGCCCCAUCAGAGCCUGGAGACGCGGAGCUAUCUCACGGAUAUCUUCGGCAGAAUCGCCAAGUAAACGGAUAUACCCAACCUGACCCCCGGAUGGACGAAGAGGACGACGGAUGGAUGAGAAGGCGAUCGAAUGUGAGAGGUGCGAAUGUGAAAUGGGAAAAGUGGAGAGAAACGCGGAUAUAUAUUAGUAAUUUUCCGAAUUAUUUAUUGCAUUUCACGAUGUAAUCUCAUUAGGUAUCUGCCAAUUGUGAUAGACAACUUGUCGGAGCCCGUCUCUAUCAUCUCCCCCCGCCCCUCUUCCCCCCUUUCCCCCAGGAGACGACGGUGCCUUUUGUCCGUGUAUAAUGGCAUUUCUGUGAUUUUUUUAAUUACUAUGUUAUCCCUGCCUUUGUACACGCACGUCUCAUAUAAUAAAACGCGCGCCCGUGUCCGCGCGCUCAGCGAGCGUGCGUCGCCGGCUAGAUUGAUCUCGUGAGAUGUUCGAUGAAUCAUCGUGCAUGGUUCUUGGCUGUGAAAGAUAGAGGUAGCGAGGGAUGAUCGACGGGAUCUACGAUUGCGUUUCCCACGCCGGGAAACACCGAAGAGCCGGGACUCUCCGGACUCUCUGCCGAGAGUCGAAAAGCGUCGCGGUGCAAAGCCGGAUUGCAGAAAAAUGACGCUGAGAACGAAGUGAGCGAGAAAGAUACAAAAGCCCUCCCCCCCUUCCCAUAUCCCUUUCCCACCCCGUGAAACAGUUAAUUUGACAUUCCGAUUUGACAUUUUAAUUACAUUAUAUAUAUAUUCACGAAAGCUAUAUCGACACUUCGCAUUUAUCUUAAUAUUUAUUUUUAAUUAAUGUCGACGCGUUCAGUUCUUUGAAGAGCGUCGCAGGGAGAGUGGGAUCUCCCUGCGAGACGACGGAUCUCCCGAUAAAGCGCGCUCGCUUAGAUAAAUAUUAUCAGUAUGUCAAUACCGUUGCCUCUCACUAACUGACUGUUACUAAUAUUUAUUAAUAAACGCAAAAAAAAUAGCUAAAUAUAGUCAACUUUUUCAUCGGCACUUUUCUCGCGCCGAUUAGUCAUCCAUAAAACGCCUCAGGAACGGCGAGUACCUUUUUAGCGCAGCUCUCGAUUAAUCCUGCGAAAACUGGACACGAAUGUUUCGACGAACGCCGCCCUAUGUAACGGACAACAGAAUAAAAUUGGUUGCAUUCA